AUGUCAUUCAGAGCAUCCGCCACAACUCCUAACAACCACCACCCUCAGCAACAACCACCUCCUUCUCUUCCAUCACCACUCUCUUCCAACAUGUCCACUCCAUUCAGAACCUCUAUCAGAGAAUUAUCGUCCACAGGAGGAGUUGGAGGAGGACCAACCAUGUCAUGUUGUUCACCGUGCUCUCCUCGCAACCACCAUUCCUCACUUUUAACGUUUUCUGCAUCCGCCACCACCACUCAUUCCACCACCACCACCACUCAUACUCCUACCAACAACAACAAGAUGAUGAUGAUUUCUGCAUCCACCACCACUCAUACUCCUACCACUAGUAUUACCACCACUUCUUCUAACAACACAAAUACGAGUAGUAGUAGUAAUCAUUGUAGUAGUUCUACAACCAAUACAACCAACACCAAUACCACCACUAGUAGGAGUAGAAAUAGUAGUAGAAGUAGUACCACCACAAAAACAAGUCCAAACCACCUCAAUCCUACAACUACUACUACUACUACAACUACUGUUGACACUUCUUCUUCUUCAUUAUUGAGAGCCAAUUCCUCUUCCUCUCUUCCACGAAGAAGAAUGAAACCAUUCCAUGACCUCACAAAUUCAUGUCACACAAAUCAUCAUCAUGAAACCAUGUCUCAACGAUCGAGUCGUUCAUCCGAUCACGAAGAAUUUGACACUUUGAAUGAUGACAUUCCAUCAUCUCUGUCUUGUGGUACUCGUGAAAGUCAUCACAGUGACAUUUCAGAAGAUGAUGAUGUCAUUCAUGAUACAAAAGUAUUGACUCAAAAUCUCACUAUACACAAUGAUGAGAAGGAAUCGUUCGAUUCGAAGAAUGAAUUUGUGAGAAGAAUGAAUUCACAAGUUCACAUUCAUGCUGGAAAAAAAAUGUUCACCUUUACUCCAUCUCCCUCAAAAGAAGAAGAAGAAGAACAAAUUUCCUCUUCUCCUCCUUCUCCUCCUAUUCAUCAUCAUCAUCAUCAACAAGAAGAACAUCACCACCAUCGACAAAGACCCAAUACUAUUCGUUGUAAAACCACCGAUGAUAUUCGAACCAUUUAUCGAGCGAAUGGAUCUUCUCCAAAUUUAAUUUCACACAAAAAACAUUCGUAUUCUGUUCGAGAUAAAUCUAGAACUCUGUUGUGGCUAAAUAGAGAUAAACAUGACAUGGUGGUGAUACAUUCCCCUGGAUCUCCCAAUAUUGGAAAUGGUAAUCAUUCCAUAAAUGGAAACAACCACUUUGAUCUUCAUUCAAGUUUUAUAUUAAGAGCCGCUGUCACACCACGAGGAAAUACAAAUGGAACGUUGAAAAUGGAUCAUGCAGCCACGAGUGUUGAUUUAUCUUCAAAUGGAAUGAAUCAUCCAUCUGAAGACUCUUCUACUUUGACCAAUGUUAAUAAUAAUAAUUUACAUUUAUUGGGAAUGGAUGAUGAAGAGGAAGAUGAAGAAAUGAAAAUGGAAAGAAGAAAGAAUAUUCCAACUUGUUUUUCAGAUGUGACAGAAGAAUUACAUUAUUAUAUCAAGAAUAAUCUUUUAGAUGAAUUUAAAAGAACUUUGGAAAGAGAAAGAAAUGAAAAUAAUGGAAAAUUUAAUGUUUCAACACAAUAUCUCGACAAGGAUGCAAAUAAUUCAUCACUUUUACACAAAUCUGCCUCUUUGAAUCGAUUCAAAUUUAUGGGUGUGUUAAUUGAUGAUUAUAGAGCUUUUAUUGAAAAGAAAGACAUUGGUGGUUCAACACCAUUGUUUUAUGCAGUUGCCAAUAAUUGCAUUCGAGCUUGUUUCUAUUUGUUAAAUAAGGGAUGUUCAGUCAAUAUUAGAGAUAAUUUUGAAAACACUCCACUUUCAGUGGCUCUUCGAAAGGGACACAUGGAUGUUGCAAAAACUUUAAUAUUAUUUGGUGCUGAUGUCAAUUUCAAAACACAAAAAGGUCAAACUUGUCUUCACAUGUGCUGUGAAGAGGGUGAUUUGUCCAAAGUUGAAUUUCUUCUGGAAAGAGGAGCAAGUAUCAUGAGAAUGAAUCGAGAAGAUCAAUAUUGCUUUUUCCAAGCUGCUCCACAUCCUCAUAUCAUUGAAUAUUUAUGUAGAUAUCUAUUAUCGAUUGAAGAAGAAAGUGUUUUUAACAAUUGUCCAACUCCUUCUCCAACGAGUAUGGUUCCAUCCAAAGUUAAAAAUUUAGAAAUUGAAGAACAAAACAAACAAGACAAACAAAUCUUUGAAAAUAUGCAAGAUGCACUCUCAACAACAACCUCCACGAAUGGUAGAGAUUCAACCACGAAACCAACAUUUUCAAAAUUAAUUGUGAAAAUGUCUGGAGCUGGAAAUACCAUCAUUCAUCAUUGUGCUUCUUUUGGAUAUUUGACAUCACUCAAAAUUCUUGUCAAUUACAUGAAUUAUGAAACAAUUGUGGAAUGUCUCAAUACCAAAGAUAAAAAGAAUGGAGACACUCCAUUGCAUGUGGCUGUCAGAAAAGGACAUCAAGAUAUUGCGCUCUUGUUGGCACGGGCACGAGAAGUCGAUGUCGAUGCUCAAAAUGAUUCAGGUGAUACUGCUCUUCAUAUUGCAAUUUCACAACAAAAUCAAGAAAUUGUCACUAUACUUGUAGCAGCCAAUUGUAGUGUGAAUAUUAAGAAUAAUCAAAAAUUGACAGCUAAACAAUUAGCAAAGAAGUAUAAUAUGAGCUUGAAAGUGGAACAAGAUAAAACAUUGAAGAGUUUAAAGACACAACAAACGUUGGGAUUCUUCCAGAAAAUGAAAAUGAAAUUCAAGAAGGAAAGUAAUUUGACAUUAGAGGAGAAAGCUGCAAAGAGACACACGAGUGCAUUUAUUGGAUCCAAUACAAGACUCUCAACCAAGGAUGUGAGACGAAUCAGUCGAGGGUCAAGCAACAUGAACAAGAUAGUGUCACAAGAUGAAAUUGAAGAUAUGAUCAAAAACCAACCCUAUCUGAAAUGGACAUCCAAGUUAGAGUUUGACCCUGAAAUGAAUGAAUAUCACAAAGAGCUUUUCUAUCAAGUGAACAAGCUCUACUAUUACUGGGUUGCUGAUCAACACUCAAUCCAGAUACAAAUUUGCCUCAGCGAUUUACUUGAAAAGACUCGAAAAUUCUUUUCCAAGCAAGACCAAUACAUGCAAGAACAUCAUUAUUCGGCAUUAGCCGCUCACAAACAAGACCAUGACAUGUUCCUGAACAAGAUUGAAUCCACUCUCAACAAACUCAACACCCUCGAUUGCAGUUUGGAUGAAGACUUGUUUUCUCAAAUUUCCACAUCACUCUUAAACCAUGUGCUAAAGCAUGACAUGGGAUUGUCCAUUUUCUCGAAAAAAAAGAAAUAG